UGGUCCUCUCAUGGACACACUGUUAAAUAGCCUCCAGAUUCCACCGAUUGCUUACUAUUCUCAACGGCAAUAACUUAUUUUAUUUGGAAGCUUUCUGCGGCAAAUCUACGCAGCCAUCAUGGAACACAGUUCGGUAAACAGUGCUUAAGCCAAGGCAUGUUUAUUCGCUUUAACUUCCACUUUCGUUUUCCCGGGAUUGUGGGAAGCGCUUAGUCACCGUGACAGUCAACAGUGGAAAACUCACAUUGAUGGGCUAGUUCUCGGCUUUCAUUCUUCAACUGUGUAAGGUCUCGCUUAAUUGAGUGUCUAUCAUGGGAUCAUCUCUUCCAAAACCAGCAUUACAGUAAAUUACUGUCAGGAUGUAAAGGUGGAGUAAGCAAGUAUUCAUGCAUGAGCUGUUUGCCAUCUAACAUUCCAACAGAAUUUCAAUCUCACAUAUGUGACAAGAAGGUGAAAAGAGGAGAGGACAUUGUUUUCCGAUGUGAGGCAAAUACAGACCAAUUGAAAGUCAUCUGGGAGAAGAAUGGGCAAAGGCUAUAUGAUGGUGACCGUGUCAGCAUUAGUAAGAGCGGAAAAGACUUGAGUCUCACGAUAAGCAAAGCCAAGGAAGAGGAUGAAGGGAAAUACACUAUAACCCUGAGGAAUGAUACUGGCACCGCCUCAGAGUCCUCUUCAGUCUCUCUACCUCAAUUUGACAGAGAUUGGAGGACUAUUAAUUGGGGAAAGAGUGUCUCAGUAAAGAAAAGUCUGCAAGAGUAUAAACUCAGUGGCCAAGGACCCAAACAUCUGCGUUUCCUGCUGCAUGGGCCUGUGGGGGCAGGGAAGUCCAGCAUCAUCAACUCCAUCAACAGCAUCUUCCAGGACCAAGUCAAAGUGGGGGCACUGGCAGCCACUUCAAGUGAUUUGAGCUUCACUAAAGUUUACAAAACCUGGCAAAUCAAAGACAAGCAGAUGGGGCUUCUGCCGUUUGUCUUCAGUGACAUCAUGGGACUUGAGAAAUUUGAUGGAGGGAUACACACUGAUGACAUCAUCAGUAUAUUAGAGGGACACAUUCAAGAGAAUUACAAGUUUAAUUCAACAGCCCCGCUGUCCAAAGAAGACACAAGCUACAACAGUAGCCCUACUCUGGAUGAUAAGGUUCACUGUCUGGUCAGUGUUCUCUCAGCAAGCACCAUCCAUCUGAGAGAAGAAAAUGAUGAUUUAAUGAAGAAGAUGAGAGAUGUCAGAGAGCAUGCCAGUGGCUUAGGCAUCCCACAAGUGGUCUUCAUGACACAUGUGGACUUGGUAUGUCCGCUUGUGAAGGACAACUUAAAUAACACCUACUCCAGCAAGUCCAUCAAGAACAAAAUGGAAGUGUGCAGUAACACGUUGGGUGUUCCCAUGAACUGCAUCUUCCCAGUGAAGAACUACCAUGAGGAGAUACAUCUGAAUGAUAAUGUGAAUUGUUUAAUUCUGAAUGCUCUUAAGCAAGCAGUUGCUUUUGCAGAUGACUAUGUGAGCAUACCAGGGGAUGGUUAUUUCAAAACCUAUCAAAUUAGAGACCAGCAAAACCGAGCUUUGCCAGUUGUCUUUAAUGACAUCAUGGGUCUGGAGAAAGAAGAUGAUGAAGGUGUGCAUCCUGAUGACAUCAUCAGUUCCUUAAAAGGACAUGUCAGAGAUAAUUACAAGUUUAACUCUAGAUGCCCACUGUCUGAAAGAGACCCAAAAUACCACAACCACAGACCAACUGUGGAUAAAAAGGUUCACUGCUUGGUCAGUGUGCUCCAAGCUGAUAAAAUCACCCUGAUGGACAAUUACGUUAUUAACAAAAUGCAGGAUAUCAGAAAGCAUGCAAGUGAAAUGGGGAUUCCUCAGGUGGUUUUUAUGACCUGUGUGGACUUGGCCUGUCCUCUCGUUAAGAAUGACCUGCAGCGCAUCUACACAAGCAAACACAUAAAGCAGAAAAUGCAAGAGUGCAGUAACAGGCUUGGGGUCCCCAUGAACUGCAUCUUCCCGGUGAAAAACUACCAUGAGGAGAACAAACUGGACAGUAACAUGGACAGUUUGAUACUGGAUGCUCUGAAGCACACUGUGAGCUUCGCUUGUGACUAUGUGGAUAGCCUGGAGACACACAUCCAGCCUCUAGAGACACACACACAGCAGUCAGAGUCAGAGGAGCCAUCAGAGCCAUCAGCUGAUGAGCAGUCCGAGGACUCGUGUUCUGAGAGCCUUCAGGAUGAGAUGGAUUCUUUAAACUGGCAUUCAGCAGAUAGAGAAUUCGACCUUGAAUGGCGGAAAAUAAACUGGGACAUCGGCAGUAGAAACAGUAUGGAAAAGAAACUGGGAGAAUUCCAUCUGCUGAAUUCCGAACUCAAACACCUGCGUAUCCUGCUGCACGGGCCGGUGGGAGCUGGGAAGUCCAGCUUCAUCAACUCCAUCAACAGUGUCUUUCAGGGCCAGAUCUGUGCAGGGGCUCUGGUUGCUGCAGAGUCUGGCAUCAGUUUGCUGUUUUGCCGACCGGAUACGGAUAUGGUCGUAGCGCUGGCCUAUUGCAUGCCUAGGCAGUUUGAAAGACAAUUCUCUGCCCGCCCCUUGGAUUAAGCGAGGUGAAUGGUU